AUCGCUUCCCCUGAGAAUUCCAAGAAUGAGGAUAAGACACCGUCGACAUUUUUGGUGAUCCAUCUUCGUCCAACCCACCUCAAGCACCGCAGUCGCGGAGAGAACUACUGCAGUCUAGAGAGAGAGAGAGAGAGGUAAAGUGGUGGCAAUGGAGGCGGGCAUGUCUCUGAACGCACUGGUUCGACUACCCAUGUCGAGUUCAUCGAGAACGCCGCUGGAAGAUGCUCCUCUGGUGAAACACUCGCUGUGCUCUUCCCGGACGAUCAGUCCGACCCACAAACACAGAAAGCUGAGGAGGCAGCAGCUGUUGGUGGUGGAAGCAAAGGGCAAGCGGGGAAUGCAAUCGCGACAGUUCCGGCGUCCUCCCCCUCCGCCGCUGCCCAAAAUCGAGGACGACGGCAAUCCUCGAUUCGUCAUCUUCAUCCGCAUGGCCGACAUUUAUCUAUGGUACCCACUUAGUAUUAUAAGUGGGGGAACAACAGCAAAAAUCAUGGUAGCUGCAAAAGAUAAUUUUCUCGGGAAAUAUAUCUACAAAGACACGCUUGCCAGAAAUCUUGCUGCAGUUAUUUACAGAGAUGAGAAGGAGAUACAGAAGACAGCAUUCAGGCAGUUCCGUGUAUUGCGGUCAGCUAAUGAGUUCAGAUAUGGAUACAAACUUGAAAAUAACAAUCUGAGAGCUGCACUUUCUACGACAGAUGUUAUUGAGCUUCCAACACAAGGUGAGCUUAAAACAGUGUUUGAUAAAGUGAAAGACUUCUUUGGGGAUGCCAAAGAAUCUUUUGGGAAGAUGACAGCCCUAAACUCAACUACAACUGAGGAAACGGUGGAAAGUUCCAAAGAAAAAACUGAGUGAGUUUCUUGGAUUCAACCGUAUGCACUCAUGAUUCUGAUUUCUCAAUCAGAGUUAUGGAUUUAUGAGGUGUGCCUUUGUAGUCCUUCUUGUCACAAUAAAUUCUGUAAGUUUUAAAGUUGUGUAAUCUUUCAUUUGCCAGGGUUAAAGGCUGAAGGUGAAGAAGACGUCUGCUUGACAAGAUCCAUUUGUUCAUUUGUUUCUUCUGUGAAAUCGAAAGCCACACAAACACACUACCAAGCUUGGAGGGUAAGGUAGCAUAUGCAAAAGUUCUGCUCGGUUUUGUUCAUAGAUGUGUGUUCAUUAAACAAAAUUUUAAUCUCAUAGCAUUUACAUCCAGAGGCAAUUUAGGAUUUUUCUUGUAUAUCCUCCUUUCAAAUAUUUCAAAUCAGAGUUCUUAAUUGUUGGAAUUUGAGAAUUUUACCAUGUAUUGGCAUGAAGCACACAUGGCAACUCUGGUAGGUAUAUAUAAGUUCCAAAUUCAUAAA